CUAGCUGCAGCUGUACAAAGGUGCAGUACCCACAACCAAAGAAUUUUUAAAGCAAUAUAUAUGCCCUAGUGAGAUCACAUCUUACUUAAGGCAUCACCUUGGUUUUUGGAGGGGCUUCAGGGCCAUUAGAGGAAGAUCUCAAAACCCGAACAAGGGCAUAAUCUCCCUUGGUAAAGUCGAAGAUAGUUGAAAUUGAAGCUUGACCCUAAUCUUUUUUGCUCCAAUGUUUCCUUUGCACCAGGGCCUUGAACUGAUGUUUCACCCAUCUUUCCCUUGCCAGCAAGAGAAGAUCCAGCAAGAUCCUAUCAUGGAUCAUGUCUUGCGGGAGGGCAUUAAUCGCCCUGCGACCCCAUCCAGGAGAAGGCAGCGAAAAUCGCCAGGGGACGAGGAGUGGAGUGGGAACAGCAAGGAGGGGAAAAGAAUCUUGCAUAGAGAGAUCGAACGGCAAAGAAGGCAGGAAAUGGCCGGCCUUUAUGAAUCUCUCCGAUCUUUACUCCCUCUUGAAUAUAUCAAGGGAAAGCGUUCAACAUCCGAUCACAUGCAUGAAACGGUGAAUUACAUAAAAUACCUGAAGAAGAAUAUCAAGGAAUUGGAAAUCAAGAGAGACAAAUUGAAACAAGUGUCAACUGGAGGUGCCCUGGCCACCAGGGCCGCUCAAAGCUCGAAUAAUCGCUCGCCAAGUAGGGUCACAGUCAGCUCAUGCUGGGGAGGUUUGGAGAUUUUGAUCAGUAGUACUGGAUUUGGAGACGAAGGGUUUUCUGUGUCAAAGGUGCUAAGAUUAUUGUUUGAAGAAGGAAUUAAUGUUGUUAGCUAUGUUUCCACUGAAGUAAAUGAAAGGCAAUUUCAUGCCAUCAAAGCUGAGGCAAGUGAUGUGAUAUGUAUGGAUCCAUCUGUGCUGCAACAAAAGCUGAGAUGUGUGAUUAAUGGCGGAUGAAAUUCAAGUAAUAUUUUUGCUGCUGUGAACACUUUGAUUAUAAAUGUUUGUGUGAAACAAAAGCAUGCAAAUGGUCGAGCUCUGGCAGGUUAUGAAAACUGCAGUGGAAAGCGAAAACCAAUUCUGUGUGUUUAGAGACAGAUAUAUAUGUGUACAAAUUAGUUAGAGGUGUGGAUUUAAUCUAUAAAUGGUGACUGAUGAUUAAUUAUAUAGUUAAUUUUGCCUAAUUAAUUAGUUCAGGCUUACUUGCUAAGCUUGGAUGAGCACGAACUCAUUGGUGAUACAUUCACGUGUAAGUUCAU